AAUGCACCCUUUCAUGGCUAUGUCAGAUAUAUGUUCUGAGUUCUAAGUUCUGAGUUCUACUCUUCUCCUACUCUCCUCUGAGUCCUCUCUCAACCCUUCUUACCUCAAAAAUCUAACAAACUGGAUUUACAUGUCCAGAUCCAAUGCCAUUCAUAAGUUCUAAUAACUCGAUGUUUUAGUCCAAUACCACCAAAAGAACAUGACAUAAUUCAUUAUCAAUCCCUCUGAAAACCUGAUUGGCAUGGCUUCCCAAUCCCUUCAGCCUCACUUUCUUCUCCUACCCCUUAUGUGCCCUGGUCACCUUAUUCCUAUGGUAGACAUGGGCAGGUUACUGGCAAGAAAUGGUGUGAGAAUCACCAUUGUCACCACCCCUCUUAAUGCCAACAAAUUCAAGACGAUAAUCGACCGUGAUGCUGAAUCUGGGAUCCCAAUUCAAGUUCUCCAACUCCGAUUUCCUUGCGCUGAGGCUGGCUUGCCAGAGGGUUGUGAGAAUAUAGAAGAUCUCCCACGGCAGUUGUCCAGGAAUUUCAUGCAUGCAGCUAGCAUGUUGCAACAACCAGUAGAACAGUUCAUGGAAGAGACACAGCCAAGACCAAGUUGUAUUAUUUCAGAUAGACAUCUUCCAUGGACAGCUAGUGUUGCUCAGAAGUUCAGAAUUCCAAGGCUUGGUUUUGAUGGCACCAGUUGUUUUGCAGCCAUGUGCUCGCACUCGAUAGACACUUCCAAGAUUCAUGAAAAGGUCUGCAAUGACUCAGAGCCCUUUUUUGUGCCUGGUCUGCCAGAUAGGAUUGAAUUCACUAAAGCUCAGCUACCCACUAACUUCAAUCCAGGUUCAGUGUUUCUGAAAGAAAAGAAUGAGCAAAUGGCAGCAGCAGAAACGACAACACUCGGUUUGGUGAUUAAUUCUUUUGAAGAGUUGGAAUGGGAAUAUGUUGAAGAAUAUAGAAAGAGAAAGGGACACAAGAUUUGGUGUAUUGGCCCUCUAUCACUAUGCAACAAGGCAGACCUAGACAAGGCACAAAGAGGAAACAGAGCCACCUGUGAUGAAAGCCAGUUCUUAAGGUGGCUUGAUUCAUGGCCAACAAACUCUGCAAUUUAUGCUUGUCUUGGAACACUCAACUGUCUUGUGGCUACACAGCUAAUGGAACUUGCCUUGGGAUUAGAAGCAUCAAACAGGCCAUUCAUUUGGGUUAUAAGAGAAGGGUAUGAUACAAACGAAUUUGAGAAAUGGAUAUCCAAGGAAGGGUUUGAGGAGAGAACCAAAGGGAGAGGCCUCUUAAUCCGGGGCUGGGCACCACAAGUCUUGUUACUAUCUCAUCCGGCAAUAGGAGGAUUCUUGACACAUUGUGGCUGGAAUUCAGUAAUAGAAGGGGUGUGUGCUGGUGUUCCAAUGAUAACAUGGCCUCUAUUGGCAGAACAGUUUUUCAAUGAGAAGCAUGUGGUACAAUUACUAAAAAUUGGAGAGAGGAUUGGAGCAGAAAUUGUCAUAAAGUGGGGUGAUGAAGACAAAUAUGGGGUGAUGGUGAAGAGAGAGGAGAUUACAAAAGCUAUAAAUCUGGUAAUGUGUGGAGGAGAAGAAGGAGAAGAGAGGAGAAAGAGAGCAAGGGAACUCCAGGAGAUGGCAAAGAAAGCAUUAGAAGAAGAAGGAUCUUCUUACCUCAAUAUCAUCAAGCUGAUCAAAGAUGUGCAACAAGUUAGCAGCAAAGAUACAGAGACAUGAAAACUUAUAUCCAUGUGAGACAACUGUAAUUGGAAAGAAACAGCAAGGCACUUGCUUUUAUCUUCUCCCUUCUAGUUAAGAUUAUAUUUCAUUUGCUAAGGAAAUGGCCUCUCCCAUGUCCAAGAAAAUGCAGAAUAUAUGAAUUUUACUAGAGUAGCUGUACUUUUGCAUGCCAUUUCAUAAUUUGUACAAAAACUAGUAGCAGCCUUAAGAGCAAGUGCUGCUUACUGUAUUCUAUUGCGUCCUUGGUAAAAAUAGAAAUUUUACCCAGAA